GUUUUGGAUCAUUAACUCCCCACAUGAUUGUAUUGUGAGACUGCCCCCACUUGCUACAUAAACAACUUUCUUCUGCGUUCUUUUGCUUUUUCUACGUCUUAAAAUAAAGACAGGAAAAAGAAGAGCCAUAAAGUAUUACAAAAUUUAGAGAUUAAAAAAAAAAAAGCAAAAAGAAAAACAGCCAAAGUGAUCCCACAACAUCUGAAAAAAAAAAAGCCCUUCUCUUUCUCUGUCCUUUUUAAGUUGAUCCAGCAAAGGUUUAAGCCUGGGACUUUGCUCAUAUAUCUCUUUCUUCAUGUUUUCUUGAAAAUUUAUAAUUGCUGGUAAUAGUAAAAAGUAUUACUCCUAUUAUUAUUGUUUGCAAAGAAACAAGGGAUGAAGAAGUUUCUGCCUCUCUUUCUUUUCCUUGUUUCACUUGUUUCUGUUCCUGAAACCAUUAUUGUUUUUGCCGUGCAAGGCCCUCUUGCUUCUUCUGUGUCCCCUGUCUCUUCACCCAUUUCUAGUCCUCUCUCUGCUUCAAUGUCUGCCUUCUCUCCAGUGGUUAAUGAAAUAGCAGGGAUUCAACUGGGAAGUGAGGAGCACAAAAAAAUGGAUCCACCGAAGAAAAUGUUAAUAGCUAUCAUUCUUGCUUGCUCUUCCUUGGGUGUAAUUAUCUCUUCGUUGUUUUGUUUAUGGAUUUGUUACGGGAAGAAUUCACACAAAUCCACCAAGAAUGAUGCUAAAAGUUCAGAUGCUGAAAGAGGGACUGGUUUUGCACCAUUUUUGGGUAAAUUCAAGUCUAUGAGGAUGGUUUCCAAGGAGGCUUAUGCUUCUAUUAUGGAUUAUAAGAUACUUGAAAAAGCUACAAACAAGUUUCAUCAAGGUAAUAUUUUGGGUGAGGGUGGAUUUGGAUGUGUUUACAAGGCUCAAUUUGAUGAUGGUUCUUAUGCUGCUGUUAAGAAGUUGGACUGUGCAAACCAGGAUGCAGAAAAAGAAUUUGAGAAUGAAGUGAAUUUGCUAUGUAAAUUUAAGCAUUCGAAUAUAAUUUCACUGUUGGGUUUUAGCCGGGACAAUGAGACAAGGUUUAUCGUGUAUGAAUUGAUGCAAAAUGGUUCUUUGGAAACUCAAAUACAUGGACCUUCACAAGGGUUGUCAUUAACAUGGCAUAGGCGGAUGAAAAUUGCUUUGGACACAGCAAGAGGAUUAGAAUAUCUACAUGAGCAUUGCAAUCCACCAGUCAUCCAUAGAGACCUGAAAUCAUCUAAUAUACUUUUGGAUUCUGACUUCAAUGCUAAGCUUUCAGAUUUUGGUCUUGCAGUAACUGAUGCAGCCCAAAACAAGAAUAAUUUGAAGCUGUCAGGCACUUUAGGUUAUAUAGCCCCAGAAUACCUUUUAGAUGGUAAAUUAACAGAUAAGAGUGAUGUCUAUGCAUUUGGUGUUGUGCUGCUGGAACUUCUAUUGGGAAGAAAGCCUGUUGAAAAACUGGCACCAGCUCAGUGCCAAUCGAUUGUCACAUGGGCCAUGCCACAGCUUACUGACAGAUCUAAACUCCCAAACAUUGUGGAUCCUGUUAUAAGAAAUACCAUGGAUCUGAAACACUUAUAUCAGGUUGCUGCCGUAGCUGUGCUAUGUGUGCAACCAGAACCAAGCUAUCGUCCAUUGAUAACAGAUGUUCUCCACUCGCUUAUCCCUCUUGUUCCUAUGGAGCUUGGAGGGACACUAAGAGUUACUCCACCUCCUGCUCGUUGACCCUACAAACUACCUCGCGGGCGCUGACAUGUCUGCAAAUCAAGAUCACAUUUGCGAUGCAGCCAUUUGAUUGUUGGUUUCGCAUCCAUUAAAUCAAAGAUCCACUUAUCCACAUCAGUUCCAAUGCCCAAUUAUAUGCAAAGAUUUGAAGAUCAUUCAUACCUUUGGGGUGAAGACUAAAGAUUAGCAGAGUUUCUGGUUCAUAUCUUUUGUAAACUGCACCAUAUUUCAAGUGCUUGCCUUCAUACGGCAAUUUUAGAUUUACUUGUUCAUACAAUGAUAAUCUGGACCAACUCUGAAUUCUCAUACUUAAAUGAGAAAUUACUUUUGCCUUCGUUUCCUUUUCAAAUCGAUUUCGCUUUAUGUACUUAAAUCACCCUUCAUAAUUCUAUUAAUUCGCUAAUCUAAGUGCGGCAUCCAAGUUCAAUUGAAUUUAAACCAUCACAACUUUGUCUUUUGUUUAAGAAUGUUAGCCUCUUCAUUCAAAAAAUGGCUAAAAAGAUUAGUAAAUAAAAAGAGCAAAUGAGCAA